AUGCACUCACCUCCUAGAGACCAGGCUGCCAUCAUGCUCUGGAAGCUCGUGGAGAAUGUCAAGUACGAAGAUAUCUAUGAGGACCGGCACGAUGGCGUCCCGAGCCACAGCUCGCGGCUCUCCCAGCUGGGCUCGGUGUCCCAGGGACCCUACUCGAGCGCCCCACCGCUGUCCCACACGCCGUCUUCGGACUUCCAGCCGCCCUACUUCCCGCCCCCCUACCAGCCGCUCCCUUACCACCAGAGCCAGGACCCUUACUCCCACGUCAACGACCCCUACUCCCUGAACCCACUGCACCAGCCCCAGCAGCACCCCUGGGGGCAACGGCAGCGGCAAGAAGUGGGCUCGGAAGCCGGUUCUCUCCUGCCCCAACCUCGGGCCGCCCUGCCCCAGCUCUCAGGCCUCGACCCCCGGAGGGACUACCACUCGGUCCGCCGGCCGGACGUGCUGCUGCAUUCCGCGCACCACGGCCUGGACGCGGGCAUGGGGGACAGCCUCUCGCUGCACGGCCUCGGCCACCCCGGCAUGGAAGACGUUCAGUCAGUUGAAGAUGCCAAUAACAGCGGCAUGAAUCUAUUGGACCAGUCUGUCAUUAAGAAAGUUCCGGUUCCUCCCAAAUCUGUGACUUCUCUGAUGAUGAAUAAAGACGGCUUCCUCGGAGGGAUGUCGGUCAACACUGGAGAGGUGUUUUGCUCAGUCCCAGGCCGCUUGUCUCUGCUUAGUUCAACUUCAAAGUACAAAGUAACUGUGGGGGAAGUUCAGAGACGGCUUUCGCCCCCCGAAUGCCUCAAUGCGUCUCUCCUCGGCGGCGUCCUCAGAAGAGCCAAAUCGAAAAAUGGGGGGAGAUCUUUGCGAGAAAGGCUAGAAAAAAUCGGUUUGAAUUUACCCGCGGGCAGGCGCAAAGCGGCAAAUGUCACGUUACUCACAUCCCUGGUGGAAGGAGAAGCUGUUCACUUAGCUCGGGAUUUUGGGUACAUUUGCGAAACGGAGUUUCCCGCCAAAGCUGUUUCCGAGUAUUUAAACCGGCAGCACACGGACCCCAGCGACCUGCACUCUCGAAAGAAUAUGCUGCUGGCCACCAAGCAACUUUGUAAAGAAUUUACGGAUCUGCUGGCGCAGGACCGGACACCGAUCGGGAACAGCCGGCCCAGUCCUAUCCUGGAGCCGGGGAUCCAGAGCUGCCUCACGCACUUCAGCCUCAUCACGCACGGCUUCGGCGCCCCUGCCAUUUGCGCCGCGCUCACUGCCCUGCAGAACUAUCUCACCGAGGCGCUCAAAGGCAUGGACAAGAUGUUCUUGAACAACACCACCACUAACAGGCACACGUCUGGGGAAGGCCCAGGUAGUAAAACUGGCGACAAGGAGGAGAAACACAGGAAAUGAAAAAAUUUAAAAAAAAAAAACAAAAAAAAAUGAGAAGGAAAAAAAGUUUUAAAUAUAAAAGGAAACAAAAAAAAUUAAUUUUAGCUUUAAAAUAUUGGAUUGGCUUUGGAAGAAUUAUGUUAGGUAGAAUACACAUACAAUCAAAAUUUAAAAAAAGAAAGAAAGCUAAAUAACAUUAAAAAAACAAACUGAGGCGUACAACGGAGCAACAAUAUUGGUUCUCAGUGUCUAUUUCAAGAUACAUUUGGAGACAACCGCCAGGAUUUUCCACUUCGGUUCUUUCGAGCUUAGUCAUACUGAUAAUAAAAGAAAAUCAUGGUUCCCCCUCUUUGGAAAAUAAACAUAAGACU